AUGGAUUGGCUGAACACUAGUAAACCAAUAUCAGUGACACAAGAUCUAAGUGGUAAGGUCGCUAUACUUGACUUUUUUACGUUUUGUUGCAUAAACUGCAUUCAUGUGCUGCCGUAUCUGAAGGAGGUUGAAGAUAAAAUGGACCCCAGUUUUGUAGUUAUUGGAGUGCAUUCUCCUAAGUUUCCUAAUGAAAAAGAGCUUAACAGUGUAACAGAAGCUGUUCGGAGAAACAAAAUUACUCACCCUGUUUUGAAUGAUCCUGAAAGUAUCUUGUGGAGAAGAUUGGGUGUUAGUUGUUGGCCUACUGUUGUUAUCAUAGGUCCUUCUCAUGAAAUUCUCUUUGCUUUGGUUGGCGAGUCACAAAUUGACAAAAUAUCUUUUCUCUAUGAUUGCCUAUUGGAGUAUUACAAGAUUCGACAGAUAACUUUGAAUUUGAUUCCUUUUCCCACAUCUACUCUUCAGGAGCCCAAAACAAAAUUGCUCUAUCCAGGAAAUGUUUCUUCACAUGAGGAGUUGAUAGUUAUAUCCGAUUCUGGCCAUAAUCGAUUACUAAUAUUGGAAGAAAAUGGACAACUGAAAUUUACUAUAGGUACUGGUGAAAAAGGUGACAAAGAUGGCUCAUUUAAAUCAUCUUCAUUUGAUAAUCCCCAUGGUACAACUUUCUUCAAAAACAACAUUUAUGUUGCUGAUACUGGAAACCACAGCAUUCGAAAGAUAGAUUUAGAAAAGAAAUUGGUUUAUACUGUUUAUAAAGAACCGGUGAUCCAUGAGGACAAUGAAAAUAAUUCACAUUUUCUUUCUCCUUGGGACAUUUGUGUUGGACCUAGAGUUGAAAGUUGGGAUUUGACUUAUACGUGGGUUUUCAAUUUUCCCUUCGAUUUUCCUCCUAAAAGUAGGGGUCGAAUUAUACACAAUAUCGACUUAUACGCAAGUAUAUACGGUAAGUGCAAUGACAUACCUAUUUUUAAAAUCCCAUUCUUCUAUUUAUUUUUUUUUAAAUUUAGGAAACCAAAAUGUGUGGUGUUUGCUGGAAAUGGCAAAGAAGAAAAUCGGAACAAUGCUUAUAGAUUACGAGCUGGUUUCGCUCAACCCUCUGGUAUUUCAUACUCACAGAAGAACCCUGGCUUUUUAUUUGUUGCUGACAGUGAGAGUUCAACUAUUCGCUCAAUUUCUUUAACUAAUGGUGCUGUGAAGACAGUUGUUGGAGGCAGUAUUAAUCCAUUAGAUCUUUUUCAAUUUGGAGAUGUUGAUGGUAAAGGAAACAAUGCUAAGUUACAGCAUCCUAUGAGUGUGUGUUCUCUUAAACAAGGUGUUCUUCUGAUUACAGAUACAUAUAAUCAUAAGGUUAAACAGGUUGAACUUGAAAGUCGAACAUGCAGCACUUUGACUGAAAUUGCAGUUAGCAACAAUAACAAAGUUAAUGAAAAUGGUCAACCAUUAUUUAGUGAACCAAGUGGAAUAUGCACUACCAAAGAUGGAAAAGUUAUUGUUGCCGACACCAAUAACCACUGCUUGAAAUUGCUUGAUGUUGACUUGAAUAUUAUAAAUGAGGUGAUGGUUUAA